AUGGAGGCCCUGGCGGAGACGUGGAGCGGCGGCCAUCUGGUGCCUCUCCUCGACGGCGUCGGCGGCGGCGGCCUGGACGCGGCCCUCCUCCGCCGCCUCUACGCCGGUCACUUCCUCGCCAGAUGGGGCGCACGCAUGUGGGAGUUCUCGGUGGGGCUGUACAUGAUCCGCGUCUGGCCGGGCUCGCUGCUCUUCGCCGCCGUCUACGGCGUCGUCGAGUCCGCCUCCGUCGCCGUCUUCGGCCCCAUGGUCGGCACCCUCGUCGACAGCCUCACGUACCUCCAGGUUUUGGGCCUGUGGCUGCUAGUUCAAAGCUUAUCCUUCAUCGUUGCUGGAGUCUCGGUAACCGCGCUGCUGGUCUACGAUGACCUGAAAGUGACGAGCUUCCCCGUCUUCGUGGCUCUAGUCGUGGUCACCAACGUGUCAGGCGCGCUCGCGGCGCUCUCGACUCUCGCCGGAACCAUACUGAUCGAGAGAGAAUGGGUGGUGGUGAUGUGCGGCGGGCAUCCGCCGGCGGUGCUGACCCGAACCAACUCGGCGAUCCGGAGGAUCGACCUGAGCUGCAAGCUUCUGGCGCCGGUGCUGUCGGGGUUCGUGAUCAGCUUCGUGUCCACGCAGGCCUCUGCGGUGGCGCUGGCGCUGUGGAACGUCGCCUCGGUGUGGCUGGUGUACUGGCUCUUCGUGUCGGUGUACAACAGCGUGCCCGCUCUCGGCGCCAACAGCCUGGCAAGGGACGCGGCGGCCUCGGCGCCGGAGGCCGACGAGGCGGUGCAGGGUUACUCCCAGGACGCGUCGUCAGAUUGGAGCGAGAGACUGACGGCGCGGCUCUCCGUCCUGCCCUGCUGGGAGUCCUGGGCCGUGUACGCGAGGCAGGAGGUGGUGCUGCCGGGUGUUGCUCUCGCCAUACUCUACUUCUCCGUGCUAAGCUUUGGCACGCUGAUGACGGCGACGCUGGACUGGGAGGGCAUCCCGGCGUACGUGACCAGCCUGGCCCGGGGGUUCAGCGCCAUGGUGGGCAUCGCGGCGACGGUGGUGUACCCGGCCGCGCACGCGCGGCUGUCCACGCUCCGGACGGGGCUCUGGUCCAUCUGGACGCAGUGGUGCUGCCUGCUGCUCUGCGUCGGCUCCGUCUGGGUGGGCGGCCGCGUGGCGUCGGCGUGGGUGCUCAUGGCCGGCGUCGCCGCCUCGCGCCUCGGCCUCUGGAUGUUCGACCUGGCCGUCACGCAGUUGAUGCAGGACGGCGUGCCCGACGCGGACCGGUGCGCCGUCGGAGGCGUCCAGAGCUCGCUGCAGUCCGUGUUCGACCUGCUCACCUACGUCAUGGGCAUCAUCAUCUCCGACCCCAAGGAUUUCGGCGAGCUCAUCGCGCUCUCCUUCUUGCUGGUGACCUGCGCUGCGGCCAUGUACACGCUGCACGUGUACCGCGUACGCAAGCACCUGUUCCACCUUGACAAGAUCUUCGCCAAGAUGCGGUGGGAAAGCUAUUCAUACUAG